GCUCUGGUUGUGGUGAGGAGCUGUUUCUGUCCUCCCUAUUCCCCCCCGGACACCAGGGCCUGGAACAUCCCAGACAUGGAAGGUCAGCCCAGAGGCUCUCCUUGUUGAGCAGCACACUGCUGGAGGAUGGGCUGAGCAUGUUCACACUGCACUGGGUGAUGAACGGGCUGAAGAGCAGGGCUCAGAGCCUGGUGGUGAACGGGGCCGUUUGAAGAAGCAGCAGAGAUGGCUGUCUUCCACAGACAACAUCCCAGUGAUCCCCAGGACAUGGCUGGGGGCCUGUUUCUGGAGGAAUAGAAAAGCAGUAGUGCUUAGGAGUGGGAGGGAGGGUUGAGCAGCUCCGAGGGUUUCCUGAGGCAUUCAGCUGGCACUGGAGGGCAGGGUGCUUGGUUGGAUGGGGACAGACAAUAUUCCCUGCUGAGGGGGAGGAGGAGGAGGCAGCUGGGGACAGAGCUGAGGGGAAGGGCAACACGCGGUGUUUGUUGGCCGUGUCUUUCUGAAGGAGCUUUGUGUGAGGGUUUUGAGGGACUCCUCUCAGUUCCCCUCUCCUUCCUACCCCUGGCUCUCGCCAGCUCUUCUAACCGUGUCUUGGAAGACAUCAAACAGCUGUGAUUACUGAGGGGAAGUGCUGUGACCUGUGACAUCUCCAGAAGCCAUGUGUGCAUGAAGAGGCUUUGGGAAGCGUGUGGCAGAAGCCUCAGGAACGUGAGUGGCGUUUGGUGAACGCGCUCUGGCAGCAAGGAGCUCUGUGGUGCAGUGUGUGGCUCUAUAAAUGGUUUUUGAGCCUCUACACUGAAAGACUCCAAAGUCUCCAUCAGAGAAAACAAAACACCUCAAGGCUCCUACCACCAGACAGACUUUCAGGCCUGGGAUCACUGCCAUGGCACCCACACUGCGGGUCCCCGUGGCUGUCACCAGCGUGUCACCCAGCAUCUGCUCUCAGCCUGCGCUCCAGCACCCAUUCAGCACCUCGGCUUUCCUGCCCAAGCGUGCGCCACCAGCUCACAAAGACCAUCAAUGCCCAUUUGGCAGCCUUUUUCCACAAUUCUUUCCAAGUUUUCAGAUCUUAAUCAAGGGAGAGUUGUGCUGACGUAGUCUCUGCAUGACUCUACUGAGCGUGGAAGCUCCAUCUUCCCGCAGAAGUCCUGGAGAGCCAGGCUGCUCACACGUCCUUCUGGGACCGCUGCUGCCCAUCCCGAGGGGGCAGCUCAGGCGUCGUGUCGCGUGGCUGCUCCCACAGAGAGCCCCCAAAACGGCCUCUCCGGCCAGCACUCAGAGAGCUGCGGGGCUGUGAGACGGGUGCGAAGCUGCCCCGGUGCUCCGAGGAACGAAAGCAGUGCUGACAGCGGCAGAGGUUCCCUCUCCAAUGAGGAAGCCUCUCGCCCCGCAUGCAGCCGCUCUGCCUGCCUGCUUCCUUUCGCUGCUUGCACAUCUCGCAGUCGGGCGGGCACUGAGCAGCAGCCGGCUGGACGAGCCCUCGGUCCUGCCAGGGGGGAGAAGGCAGCAUGGCCCUGCGCUGGAGCCUUCUCCUGGCCCUCACGCCUCUGCUGGCAGCAGAAAAGAUGGAAAGGGAUGAGACCGGUUACAGAGAAAAUCGCCGACAGGCAGGAUGCGCAAAGCCUGAGUGGGACUCAAGCCUCCGCUUUGUCCCAGAGAAGACAUCUUAUGAUGACGGGGAGGAGCUGACACUGAGCUGCCUCACUGAGGAUGAUCCUCCUCUCGCUGUGAUCAGAUGUGUUGAAUGGAUCGGCUGGGGACAUGCCUGGAAAGUGAAGGACAAGCAGGGAAGGUGGCAUAACAUUGAAAUGUACCAGGCCUGCACAGGAACAUGCCAGAAACCCCUGUGGGACAGAAGGGUCAUGCUCGUCCCAAGGAAAGGCAGCUACACACCGAAUGAGGAACUGAGGCUGUCUUGCCCUGAAGGUGUCAAGCCCUCCUUCACCAGUGCCAAAUGUGUGAGGGAAUUUCAAGGAGUGACUUCAGGAGAACCUGUCUAUGGGGACAGCUGGUGGGGGAGGAGAGACAGAGGUGCCUGGACCCGCAUUGAGGAGCCCGUAGCGUGCGUGGUAAAAUGCUCGAGGCCCCAGUGGGACGCUGACCUUCGUCUGGCACCAGAGCGGGACGUCUAUGAGGAGGGCGAAGAAGUGACGCUGAGCUGCCCAGAGGGUUCCCUGCUCCCCUUCCAGCAGGCUAAAUGUGCAUGGAGACCUCGGGCUGUGCCUAAAGGGGAGCACAAGGGCACCUGGACACAGAAAAACGAGUUGGGGAAAUGGGUCCUCAUUCAGAGCCCCACAAUGUGCAUCAGUACAUGCCAGAAGCCCUGGAGGGACCCAAGGCUCCAUCUGGCACCAGAGCAGGAGGUGUACAAGGAGAACGAAGAAGUGACACUGAGCUGCCCCAAGGGUUUCGAGCCAUCUUUCACCCACAUCAAAUGUUCAAGAGAAGUCCAGUCCAUCAGCGCUGGGAAGCCUGUGUACAGAGAAGUUUGGAUGGGAAAGGACCCGGGAGGUGCCUGGACCCGCAUUCACUCCAUGGUGCAGUGUGUGGGAAAAUGCCAGAAGCCCCACUGGGACCCCAGAUUAAUCUUUGUCCCAGACAUGGCAUCCUACGUCCUCAAUGAAGUGGUGAUGGUGAGGUGCCCUGAAGGGUACUGGCCUCCUGCCAUGGAGAUGGCCUGUGUAGAUAUCCCAGGCGAAAGCUCUCCAACUCUUCAGACGUCCUGGGUUUUGAAUGAAGGCACUGACUACUGGCAGCCUGAAGAUUACUGGCUGUGCGAGGAGGCCUUCCAGGUCGUGCCUGGGACCUUGGAGGCUUUCACCACCAGCAUCAAACUGAACUGGACCUGCAGUCUGCCCGAUGCCUGCCAGCGCAUGCAGGCCACGUGCAGGCUGGCAGGGCCUUCCUCCCCGUCCUGUGAGGCUGAGGAGGUCACAGGACAGGAGAUGCUGCAUGGCCAGAAUGGAACAUUUACCUGUGACCACCUGCAGCCCUUCACUGACUACAGUGUCAACAUCUCAGUGCCCCCCAGCACCAUCCUGUUCACACGGCUCCUGAGGACAAAGGCAACAGUGCCCGAGAAGCCAGAGCGGCUGUGGCUGGAUGCCAGCACGGGGACGCUGCGGUGGCAGGCGCUGCCCUCCUGCAAAGGGGAGAUCCUCGGGUACCAGCUGAACGUCACGGCCAGGAGCGCGCAGGACGGCAGCUUCCUGGAAUUCCAGCAGGUGACAGUGAACAGCUCUGUCACCCAGUACACGCCACCUCGUCAGAUGCCCAGCAGCAAGUACACAGUGACAGUCCAGGGCCUGACGGCUGCUGGUGCCGGGGAUGCUUCCUACCUGGAAUUUCAACCCAGUGUCUUGGGGCAGCCUCCAGGCCCCUGGCCAUGGACUGCAGUCACCGUGGUGGCUGUGCUGUCAGCGAUGGUCAUGCUUCUUGCUGGGAUCCUGGGGUUUGUGAUGUGCAGGAGGAGGAAAGCCUUGCCCAGGAAAGCCGAGGAGGACCAUUACACAGAGCUCCAGCCCUAUGAAAACUCGGACCACUACUGUGUGAUCAAGGAGAGGUUUCUGGCCGAAGAAGAAGCAGGUAGAGGUGGCCGGGCUGGAGAGCGACCGUCCCCGUCCCUGCGCAGGACGCUGGGAGACCACGGCGGGUGUCAGAGAGCAGAGACCGCGGGGAGGACGACCCCAGCUUAGUGCUGGUGGCUGCCAGGACCCCGUCUCUCGUGUGACUGUGACCAGCACUGGGGGUCUCGUCCGGGCAACCAGAGCAAGAGGACUGCGGCCAUUUCUUUCAGGGCACGAAGACACUGCCCUCUUCAGCCCUCCUGGCCUUGCCUGGACAGGCAGCGGUGCGAGAGGCUUCCCAGUCUGACCGUGGGAAGAGGCACUGGGUGCUCCUGGGCCCGGCAUUUUGGAGGCCUCCUCAUGGCCCUUUCUCGAGUUUUGGUGCUCCCCAGCUGUAAGCAGGACCUCGUACAGCCUGUGCUGGGUUAUUGUUUCCCCUCCCAUUUCCUCUCUCGUCUGUCACCAGCACCCUCUGCUACAGGGCAGGAGCUGCCCACGGCCUGUGCCAGCGAAGGCGUGUUUUCACAGAAUCACAGAAUUUCUAGCUUGGAAGAGACCUCAAGAUCAUCGAGUCCAACCUCUGACCUAACGCAAACAGUCCCCAAUAAACCAUAUCCCUAAGCUCCA